AUGAAAUACACAAUCACAUCAAAGGCUCUGAAUGAGAAAAUAUUGACUGUGCAUGUCAGAGACAGUGUGUACACCGGAGGAACGUCAGGAACACUUGUGAAUCAGGACACAGAUACAGUGCUAUGUAAAUGCAAAAAGUCUGUAAGAACAAUAGCAAGUCAUGGCGAUUAUAUAUGUUGUGGAAGCUAUGAUUGCACGGCAGUGCUUCUGCACAAUGACAAGGUUAUGGAUGUCAUUGAAGGGCCAGACACAGAAAUCAAGUGUGUGGCAUUUUCUGAGGAUGGAAAGCACCUUGCAAUGGCUACUAGAGGAAAAUCUGUCUGGAUAAUAAAGCUUUAUGGAGAAAUUGAGGUCGACAAAAUAAUAGAAGAUCACUUACAUGACGUCAAGGGAUGCAAAUUCCACAAUGGAAUGUUAUUUACAUAUGGAUACGACAACACAGUGAAAGUGUAUGACAGGUUUGAUUAUGAUGAUAGUUGGGAACUAAUGCAGUCGAUAGACGAGAGCAACACUGUAUGGUGCAUAGCAUUUCAUAAGCAAAAGAUGUUCUGUGCGACUGAAUAUGGGAUCAUAAGUGUAUAUAGCCUAGGGAAUGGAUGGGAACUCGAGAUCACCAAGAAGAUGUCGAUGUUUCCAAUCUACUCCAUAUGCGAGAUAGGAUGUGGGGUUGCAUAUAUUCUGAAUAGGCAAAGUAUUGGAAUAGUUAAUGAAAACCUGAACCUGAUAGAGUCGAUGGAGAACAUCCAUUCAGAUUGCAUAAAUAGCAUAGCAUACGAUGCAAAGAAGAAUAGGAUAAUCAGUGGAGGGGAUGACGGGAUUUUGAAUAUGAUUGAAAUGCAAUAG